ACGCUCGCCGUGUGUAAUACUGUUACGAGCGCCAGCGCCAGCGGCAGUACCGUCAAACACCAGAACGACGUCGACGAUCAGCGGCCUUUCUCGACAUCGGACGACACCGCGGGUGUCCGCCACAGUGAUGCUCAGAGCGUGGCUUCAGCCGCCGCCGCUGCCUCAGCCUCAGCCAAGGAAAAGGAAUGUCCUAGCAAAAAGUAA